CUUUCCUUCUCUUCAUUCCCUACCAUCACCAUCCUCCUUUCCCAUAAAUGCUCUCUUUUUUCUACUUUUGCUUCACUUACUUCAAUAUUUCUUUUCCCCACCAAAAUUAUCCUUCAAUUUUCUUCUUUUAUUGAUCAUACUAAUUUUUCAUUCUCUCAAUUUCAGCUCUCUCCUACAAAAAAUUCUUGAAGAAAAGUCUAGCUUUUGAUUGAUUUCUGGGUAAUUUAGCUUGUUCUUGUGUGUAUAGUAAUUGGCUAUAUAAUAUAUUGUAUUAAAUCUAUGGAAAUUGAAGAAAAGUCUAUAGCUUUUGAUUCUACAUGUGGAGAUCACCCUGUUCUUCAAUAUCACAAGGCCGAGAGUUCCUCUGCGGAAACUGAAGAUAGUGAACAGGUAGCUAACUGGAGAAAACAAAACCUGUUUCUCGAGAUUCCUACAAGAAAAACCGAUGUCCCUCAAGAUUCCGUUAAAAUUAAAAUGCCUCCUACGCCGAAGAGAGUCAAUUUCCUUUUGACACCAACCUCUUCCAACCCAAAACCUUUUGAAUCUAUUGGCUCUUCGUCAGUACGAGGGCGAUCAACUUUCAAAAAUCUUAUACCAAAAUUUAGCUUCAUUUAUCGAACUUCUUCAGACAUUGAGAAGGACGCUUGUGCAACGAGCGAUGUUUCAUUCUCGACACCACGAGAGAAGACUUCAAUCUCGAGAUCAGUGUCAUUGACAAAGAUAUUCACUCCUAGGAUAAGGCGGACAUCAUCUCUUCCUGUCACUCCUAAUGAAAAUCCAGAAUCUGUUUCUUGUGGAAGCACCAGUGGUUCAUUGCAUUUAUGUGCAAAAGAAACUCAAAUGCACAAACCCGAAGUGCACUUUUCGCGAUCUCUUUCAGUUCCCCUUAAUAAAGAAAGGCGCAUGAGAAGAAUGGAUUCUUAUAUUCGUGUAAUUCCAUCUCCUCGGGUGAAGUUAGGGAAUCUUCAAAUUCCAAACAAAAGUGAGCCAGUGAAUACUGAAAAUGAAGAAGCUGAUGGUGAAGAUAUACCGGAAGAGGAGGCUGUUUGUAGGAUUUGUAUGGUUGAAUUAUGCGAAGGCAGAGAAACUCUAAAGAUGGAAUGCAGUUGCAAAGGUGAACUUGCUCUAGCCCACCAAGAAUGUGCAGUGAAAUGGUUCAGUAUUAAAGGCAAUAAGAAUUGUGACAUAUGCAAGCAAGAGGUUCGUAAUCUGCCCGUCACUUUACUUCGUAUCCAGAGUACUCGAACUGCAGCAACUACAGCUCAGAUGAUUAAUAUUAAUGAUUACAGGGCUUGGCAAGAAGUUCCUGUCCUUGUAAUUGUCAGUAUGCUGGCCUACUUCUGUUUUCUCGAGCAGCUUCUGGUUGCUAAGAUGGGUACUGGAGCAAUUGCUAUAUCUCUACCUUUUUCUUGCUUGUUGGGUCUACUUUCGUCAAUGACCUCGACAACAAUGGUGACGAAACGAUUUGUCUGGAUAUAUGCGUCUAUGCAAUUUGCUCUGGUUGUCGUCUUUGGUCACAUUUUCUACUCGGUGGUCCAUCUGCAAGCGAUCAUCUCAAUAUUGUUAGCAACAUUUGUUGGAUAUGGUAUUGCCAUGAGUGUAAGUUCGAUAAUUGUUGAAUUUUCUCGAUGGAGAAGAAGGGUUACUCGGCAACGUGCAAGACAAGAUUCUCAAGUGACUGCGUCAAACAACCAACAAGACGAAAAUUCAUCGACAUCACCUUGGCCAGGUAUCACAAAUGGUCGUCCGAUAGAUGUAGAGAAUCCCGAGAUGUUUAGUCAUAGCUAAACUACAGAUAUUUGAUGUUUGAUUUAUUGUAUGAUAUGUAUGCCCUUUAUGUGUAAAAGUUGUUCAAGGAUCGUUUCGAUUAUUUGAGUUUUUUUGGUUGGUAUCAGUUUCGUUACGAGUAAUAGUUGCUUUGAUUGUUUCGAUAAGUCUUGAAUAUGUUUGUAAGUUGAAACCCAUGUAUACAUAAAUAGGUUGAGUAAUCAUAGUUCAAGUGCUUGGAUUGUUUUUGUAUGAAUGAACUGAUUUUUACUAUUUAAGGCAAGGAGAAACACAAUGUAAAAGCAAUGUGCUGAAUUA